AUGGCGAGAUACCAAAGUGCGAUUGUAGCUGCUUUGUUGCGAGCUUCUCGCCGUUGUACCUCACCGGCCGUCUCCUCCGUUAGGUCCUUUUCUUCUUCCUCAUUACUUCCGAAGACAACAACACUCAUCACUCUUAUUCCUCCUCGCUCUUCUCCUUUCUCUUCCUCUAUUUCUAAGUUUUCUUCUUCUCCUUCUCCUUCUGUUCGACCGACGAAAUCCGCCACUAGUAAUAGCGUCGAAAAAGACACUUUUGAUUAUAAGACGAUUGAUGAUGUUGAGGUUGUAGAGGAAUGGGAAGACGAAGAGGAAGUUGAAGCAAAGCUUGGCGAUGGAGGAGAUGGUGGUGGGGUUGUUCUUGGAGGUGUGCCAUGGGGUGACAAAGUUCUCUCUAUUGCUUCUGAAGUUGUGAAUCAGUCUGAGAAAGAAGAUUUGCAACUGUUUGCUUUCAAAACUUCUCCGCGUGGAUAUAUCUACGUCAGACUUGACAAACUCUCAAAUGAAUAUGGAUGUCCUACUAUGGACGAGCUUGAGGAAUUUAGUCGAGAAUUUAAGAAAAGACUAGAUGAUGCAGGAGCUGCAAAACUACUCCCAGAGGAUUUAGCCCUUGAGGUAUCAUCUCCAGGAGCAGAGAGGCUGCUGAGAGUUCCAGAGGAUUUGCAGCGAUUCAAGGAUAUGCCGUUGACAGUAAGCUAUGAAGAGGAAACAAACUCAAGGAAAGAAGUAAAGAGUGCAGUGUUCCUCUUGGAUUCUGUAGAUGCUGAGUCAGAGAUCUGUAUCUGGAAACUAGCAGAUGUGAGGGAGAACAGAGAUCCCGAAAGCAAAGGCAGACCAAUGAGCCGGAAACAAAAAGACCUGAGAAUCAAAUUGCCUUUCACAGUUCACAAGAAGAUAGUUCUCUACCUGGACUAG